AUGAUAUCACUCUACUUGAUCAUCGUCAUUUCGCUUGAUCUUAUAGACCCAUUUAUUUCCAAUGGUCUUUCUUCCUACAUUGCUACCAUCCACAAAAAUGCACCUUUGGUUCUCUAUAAAGAUAACAUCUCUGCUGAUAAUAACCUUGCGGGCCGUGAGAUCCACAAUCGAUACCCCUUUACUCCUUCAACAUACCCUAAGAAUAUGCAUUUUCUGGAUUUUGAAUUCAGCUUUGCCACAUGUUUGAUUAAGACAAUAGCUGAAGUCGUGGAGGGUUGCCAUUCUCUUAGAGUGAUGCAUAGAUAUCUAAGGCCUGAUAAUUUCUUGUUUGUGAGUAAAGAUGAGGAUGCUGCUCUCAAGGUUAUAGAUUUUGGGAUGUCAGUUUUUUAUAUGCCUGGUGAUGCAUUUUGCGAUUGGAACUCUGUAUAUGCUGCACCGGAGGUAUCACUUGAACAUUAUGGCCCAGAGGCAGAAAUAUGGAGUGUUGGAAAAAUCUUACACCUUUUGUUGAUCAUUUGUGCAGGUACAGUGAAAUUUGAUGCGGGAGAUGAGGCCUCCUCGUUGAUCAUACAAAAGAAUGUUGAUUUUGAAUCUGAACCAUGGCCGUCCAUUUCUGAUGGUGCUAAAGAUUAUCUCCUUCUUAACAUGCUAAAUCCUGAUCCCACGAAAAGAUUUACAGCUCAUCAAGUUCUCUGUCACCGAUGGAUCGUUGGUGAUGGAGUGACUCCUGAGAAACCUUUGGACUCUGCUGUUUUAUCAAGACUGAAGCGGUUCUCAGCAAUGAAGAAAUUAAAGAAGAUGGCUUUGAGGUUUAUAGGAGAAAAGAUGUCAGACGAAGAGACCGGGGGCCUCAAGAAAUUGUUCAAAAUGUUCGACACAUACAAAAGUGGGACAAUAACAUGUGAUGAACUAAACAAGGGUUUAAGAAAAUUAGGCUCAGAUCUCAUGGAAUCUGAGGUCCAAACUCUUAUGCAAGGGGCUGAUAUAGACAACAAUGGCACAGUAGACUGUAGGGAAUUUCUCUCUGCGAUGCUUCACGUUAAUAAGUUAGAGAAAGAGGAGAACUUGAGGAAUGCUUUCUCCUUCUUUGACGAAGACAAGAAUGGCUACAUAACCAUCGAUGAUCUCUCACAAGCAUGUAAAGAUUUUGGCGUCAGAGAUGUCAAUCUUGAUGAAAUGAUCAAAGAAGUUGACCAAAAUAAUGAUGGGAAGAUCGAUUACAGUGAGUUUGAAACUUUGAUGAGAAAGGGAAAUGGAGGAAAUGGAGCAUUAGCAAGAAGAACCAAGCAGGAGAGUCUAAAUGUUGAGGAAUUCAGAAUACAAUGA